AUGUCUCGUCCCGAAGAUACCCUUCCCCCAGAUCUCCAUUACAAUGACGCCGAAGCCAGGAAAUACACUACUUCAUCUCGAAUACAGAAUAUCCAAGCAUCUAUGACCAAUCGUGCCCUCGAACUCCUCGACCUCUCCUCACCUUCCAUGAUCCUUGAUAUUGGCUGCGGUUCUGGUCUAUCCGGCGAGAUACUCUCCUCAAUAGAUCCCUCAGCAGGUGGCCCUCACAUAUGGGUCGGCAUGGAUAUCUCACCAUCGAUGUUAGAUGUUGCACUGCAACGAGAUGUGGAAGGAGACUUAAUGCUUGCGGAUAUGGGUCAAGGUGUGCCAUUUCGAGCUGGAAGUUUCGAUGCCGCUAUAUCAAUCAGUGCUAUUCAAUGGUUAUGUAAUGCUGAAAGCAGCGAGGUAUCAUCUACAGGGAGAUUAUCGAGGUUUUUCAACGGGCUCUAUGCAAGUCUAAAGAGAGGUGGAAGAGCAGUGUGUCAAUUCUAUCCUAAGAAUGACCUGCAGAGGACGAUGAUCUCUGGAGCUGCGAUCAAAGCCGGCUUCGGAGCUGGUAUCCUGGAAGACGAUCCAGGAACUAAGAAUGCAAAGCUUUAUUUGGUGCUGACAGUUGGUGGUUCAGCUGAAGAAGGCACUGGGGGAGACAUCACAGGGGUCGUAAAGGGUAUGGAAGAUGUGGAUGUGCUAGACGCGAGAAAGAAGCACAGAGAAAAAGGCCGCAGAGAGAUCAAAAAGGGAAGCAAAGCUUGGAUACUAAACAAGAAAGAGCAAAUGGAACGGAAAGGAAAGGUGGUGAAGAAUUCCUCCAAGUAUACUGGUAGGAAGAGGCAUAUCACUUUUUAA